UUCUAUUUCCAUUUUAAAGGAUUUUGAGAAGAAAAAUGACAGAAAAUCAAAGCAACUAAAAAAAUAUCAUUUAAAAUUCGUCCAUCGAUUAAACCAAAGACACGUUGGGUGGAGGAAUAUUUGAACCCUCCGCCAAGUAUUGAUUGAACGUCUCUUACCCAUCAAUCAUCUCCCGCGAGCCACCGUCGCCGUGAAGCCACCAUUGUCGCCUUCAACCACCGGGAGGUAUUGACUGUACUAUUGGAGGUAUUAUUCAUAUUCAUCCCUUUCAAUUUUUAUUUUUCAAACCCCAUUUUCUCCAAUUUACACUUGUAUGAUUCAACUCAACACUUCAAUAAUUUAUCAUAAUUCUUUCUUUCAAUUUUCACCAUAAUAAUCAUCAUGUUCAAGUUCAAUACUUUGUGCCACAAAACCCUCCUCUACCUCAAGCCCUUAACUUUCUCACCAACAUCCCAAAACCUAUUACCAUUUUCUCUCCAUUUCUGUACCAACACUUCCAAUUCAUCAUCAUUUGCAGUUUCAUACCUCAUUAACAAUUUUGGAUUCUCCCCACUAUUUGCAAACAAACUCUGCUCCACUUACAGUGUUAAGUUUAAGACUGCUCAAAACCCUGAUUCUGUUCUCGCAUUCUUUACAAACCUUGGUUUCUCAAAAACCCAAUUACACAACACGAUUACAAAGGCACCAUGGCUUCUUUCCUGCAACCCCAUCAAAAGGGUUUUGCCAAAGUUUCAAUUUUUUCUCUCCAAAGGUGCUUCUAACUCUGACAUUGUUAACCUUGUCAGUAUGAACCCUAUGGUGCUCUGUUCAAGUCUGGAGAAUCGAAUAGUCCCAACUUAUGAAUUAGCUUAUAGAUUCUUGCAAUCUCACAAGGACACUUUUGCUUGUGCAAAUACAAAUCCAACUUUCUUUGGAGACAGGCGUGUGGCAUCUAGCAUCAGAUUAUUGACUGAGAAUGGAGUGGCAGACUCAAACAUUGCUAGAUUGCUUAAGAACCGGUGUCGGGUAUUCUUCACACGUGACACGCUGAAGUUGGUGGAGGAAUUGAAGGAUUUGGGUUUUAAUCCUUCAAAAACAACUUUUGGUAUCGCAUUGCAUGCCAAAACAAGCAAAACCCUGUGGAAAGCGAAAGUCGACGCCUUUAAGAAAUGGGGAUGGUCUGAUGAAGAUGUUCUGGCAGCAUUUAGAAAGCAGCCUCAUUGUAUGUUAGUAUCCAUUAAUAAAAUUAAUUUAGUGAUGAGCUUUUGGGUCAAUCAGUUGGGUUGGGAUGCUAUGGCCAUUGUCAAAAAUGCGUCAGUUCUUUCGUUAAAUUUGGAAAAAAGGAUCAUUCCGAGGUCCGCAGUUGUACAAUAUCUUCUCGAUAAAGGUUUGAGAAAGAAGAAUGCAAGCUUAACUUGGCCAUUUUUAGUGCCUGAGAAGGUGUUUCUUGAUAUGUGUAUAAAACGUUUUGAGGAGUCUUCUUAUCUAUUAAAGUUGUAUGAGGAAAAACUCAAUCAUGCAUGCAUCAAGGACAAAACUUGCAUGUCAUGAUCAAAUAUUCAGGUACUAUGCUUGUAACUUAUCAUUGUUACCAAUUGCUUUUGCUACAUUGUUAUCCGUUGUCAACUGUCGCUCACUUUUUCUUUAUAAUCAUGCAAUUGCACAAAUUAGUGUCAAUGCCCUUUAAUUGAAAAAGGUAUUUGAUAAUGCUAAACAAGUUGUUGUCUGGCCAAAAGGAGUAUCAAAUGCCUGUGAUUCUAUUUUGAUGAACAUUCUUGAUUCUGAAAUCUGCUGAUUGAUUCUUUCAUCAACCACUCUUGCAAUGGAAUGUUUGAGUUAUGUCUGCCCAUCAGCAAACUUAGAAAGAAGUUUUCACAGUAGCUUGUAGUUGUAGCUUAGCUCCGGCCGUGUGUUUGAAGGCUAAUAUACAUCAGUUUUGUAUAAUCUGAAAGUGUUGUAGCUAAGCUAGUAGAAAAGCAGUCACAAAUCCAAUAUAAAUACUUUUUAAGUGAUUCUUUUUUUUCUUCUAUGUAGACAAGUAUCAUUUGUGAAUUUUCUUUGCAAAACCAACUAGUGAAACAAUAUGGUGAUGCCAAAUUUUGGAUAUUCUGAAA